GGUUCGCCAAGAAGCGGUAUGCCGAAAAGGCGCAGAUGAAGAAGACCCUGAAGAUGCAUGAUGAGUCAGCAACUAGAAAUAAGGUUGAUGAUGAUGUCCAGGAAGGUGCUGUCCCCCCAUAUUUGCUCGACCGCGACCAGACAAUACGUGCGAAAGUACUUAGUAACACAAUAAAGCAAAAGAGGAAGGAAAAGGUUGGCAAGUGGGAUGUUCCUUUGUCAAAGGUCAGACCUGUGGCAGAAGAAGAGAUGUUCAAAGUCGUUAGGUCUGGCAUACACAAAACCAAGCAAUGGAAGCGAAUGGUCACUAAAGCCACAUUUGUGGGCCCUGGAUUUACGAGGAAACCACCAAAGUAUGAGCGGUUCAUACGGCCUAGUGGCUUGCGUUUCACCAAAGCUCAUGUGACCCAUCCUGAAUUAAAAUGCACCUUCAGCCUUGACUUAAUCUCGGUAAAGAAAAACCCCAAUGGUUCAAUGUAUACUUCUCUUGGUGUUAUGACAAGAGGAACUAUCAUUGAGGUCAAUGUGAGCGAACUUGGUCUUGUGACUCCUGCUGGAAAAGUUGUUUGGGGUAAAUAUGCUCAGGUUACAAACGAUCCAGAAAAUGAUGGUUGUAUCAAUGCUGUCUUGCUAGUCUAAAGCUAUUUUAUUAUAUUUCCCUGAUGAUGUUUCACCCCGUUUAUGAGUAGCUAUUGUG